GUGUGUGUGGAGCCAGCAGGAACAGUGUCUUUGGAAUAUAGUCCACGUCUUGAACCACAAUCUGACUCGAUUUAUCGAAUCCCGGAAAAUACACAACCGAAACAUCUUGGCGCACCGGCCGGGAACUCGAGAUGUGGCAUUGGUGGUGGCUAAUUCUAUGUGCAGCCAUCUGGCAGCACAUAGUUUGCUAUGAUGAUAGAGAAGUGCAUGUACUGCAAUCAAAGGGGCUGCAAGUAAAAGCAUUGCCCCACCUGCUAGUAGCAACGGACCUAAUAGAAAUCAAGAUGACGGCAAACUUGCCAACAAUGACAGUUAUGAAUAGUAAGGACACAGUAUCCUGUGCAGAAAUAAAACAUAAACAGGACGUAUGCUUGGUAAUAGAGAACUUGCAGAAAACUAGUGAAGGAAUCAUUCGUGAACUUUCGCAGAUAUUUUCCAAAUUAGGGCCGGUUGCGACUAGACAUAGGAGGGCAUUGCUCCCAGUCCUUGGUAGAAUUAGAAACUACAUAGAAGGAACAGUAACAGAAGACCAACUCAAUGCAGUAAUUGAUAGUAUGAACAAUUUGGGGAAUGAUGUUAACGCUAUCAGAAAUAAAACUCAGGACUUGAUUUCAGUUACGAACGUGCAUGCAGUUCAGAUACAGGGACUUUCUAAAUCGAUGCAGGCAAUGAUGUCGGAAUACUCAAAGGCUUACAAUGUACUAGCUACAUCCAUUAAUGAUGCGGCCAACGAGGCUGACAUCAUCUUCCAUAAAACUGUCAUGACAAUGCAACUACAAACGGUAAUUAAUAUGCUUCAAAGCCACCUCCUGGCUAUGAAAUCUGUGUAUCAUAGCUGCCAGGCAAAUGUACUUGACCGUUUAGCUAUAAGCGAAGGAGAACUUGGGAGGAUCUUACGAUCUAAAAACAUUUUGCUUAACGCAGGGGAUUUGACGCUUGUCAUCCCACACGACCAACUUGAUUUGUAUUAUCUGCUAAAAACGGCUCAAUGUAACCUGAUUUCUCAAACCAGUCUCGAAGUGACAUUCCAAAUACCGAUAACGACCACAGGAAACAGGUGGACCAUCUUUUCCAUCCAGCCAUUAUUCUUCCUGCUAAAUUCUCAAACAUGUUCAAUUCUAGACAAAAGCAUUGUGCUGGCGACGGAUGGGGAGUCGGUCCGUCCACUGAAUGAUCAGGACGUUCUUCACAACAAACUCGUAAAGGUGCUCCCAAGAGUGAGCGACAACGAUGGUUUAACAAACUGUAUUCACAAGAUCCUCAUGGGAAUGGAGGUGGCCGAAUUGCAAAAUCAUUGUAAAAUUAACUGCAUAGAUAAAAGAGAGAAUACUGUUCAGACAAUUGGUCCUGAUCACUUCUCAGUUCUUAAUCCCACUACUGAUCUAGAAAUUGUAUGUCAAAAUAUGAUUAUUAGUAGCCUUAAAAUGCUGUCCUCUGGACGGAAUGAAAUUGUAUUACCAUGUUAUUGCUCAUUAUUGCAGCAAGGAACUACAAAACGUACAGUUAUCCCAGCAGGCCAUGCCUGCGUCAUGCCUAAAGGUAUCAGUGCACAUGUAAAUGUUGACAACUCUUGGUCCGAUAUAGGAGACUUCUCCUUGCUUGAAGUCUUUGUGCCGAGAAAUCAUGCAAUCGCCCUUCUGGCAGAAAAUGUUACAUUACCCCCAAUAGAGCUGGCUACUGUUGCGCCUUACGGAACCACAGGGUCCUCAUGGAAAAAAAUGCCUCUGUAUAAAUCGGGGUGGAUAGAGACCAUUUUCUUUUUCUUAAUCACUGUAGCUGCGAUUGCAGCAUUUGCUUAUUACGUUGAAUCUAAGACAAGUUUAUUGUCGACUGUAUGGAGCUGUGGCAGGAGAGUAGUUAAUAGGUUCGCCGCUCCAGCAGACGCACAGCAAUCUCAAGCAGCUGCUACGGACAAUGAAGUCGAGAUGCAGAAUAUGCGUAGGCAAGCUGCUCGACUGUAAGUUUCAAAAUCCCAUGAUAAGCAUAAGGUUUAGGGAUUAUAUGUAGUUUCUAAUCAUUUUUUUUAUCUUAGCAUGUAUUCUUAAGCCUGUUUAUACUUAAUCGUUAGAAUAGGGUUCUGGCUGGCACCGUGUGCCUGGGAGCCUCACUCCUGUGUGACUUAUACUUCUUCAAGCAUGGCGAGAUGAGUGAAGAACCAGCGAGGAACGGAGUAUCGUCCAGACUUUCAUUUUCGGAUCGCCAAAACCAUACUUUCUUUCAAAUUGCCGAGUCAUGUUAUGAGGAGGCACAGUCGGUGGCGUGGCCACGACUGCCCACGCCAAGUCCUACGGGAGGCGGCCGGACAGAACUGGGAAGGCGUUUGGCGCGCCCUAUCUUAGCCGAGGGAUUUGGAGAAAUGACCACGCUAUUCGUUGAAAAAUUCAAAUUCUGAAUUAAAACCUUGAAGCGUUGGUUCAAAGUCCAGGCGCUUGACUUGCAGCUACACAAAGUCGCGCGAGCUGCGGACAGGUGCAACGCCUGCCGCAGCCCACUGUGGUUACCUUCGGUGCCGUGUAACAGUGCUGGCAUCAACAUCAGCAUUUUGCAAAAGGAAGAAGAAUCAGCCCUUUUGCCAUCACGCUUUCCAUUGAGCAGUCGCUGCAAUAAGUCACAUGGGAGCCAGCGUCCCUGCCCGGUGGUUAGCCAGUGAGAAGAGAGAGUUUAGGUGUAGUUUCAUAGCUUUGUAGUUUUCGUAGUUUUCGGGUCUAUGUUAAUUUGAGUUUUAGGUUUAUGACAUAAUACAGAACGUGUUACACCAAAAAAAAAAAAAAAAACAAAUUCGUUUACAAAAUUGUCAUUUGAAGUCGGUUUACUGUAACAGCAAAUGGUCUAACAUAUAGCAAAAUUAAUAGAUCAGAGUCAUACGAACGGUUGAGUCCGUUCGAUGCACUUUUUCCCUUUUCGUCCAACAUGUUACUUUUUGGUGCCUUCAUUUUGAUUAUCAAUGUUUUUAUUGGAUAUGAGGUAAAUGUUGUUGUAUUUGCUGAACAUUUCUUUACGGUAACGAAGUUGUGAAAUUGCGGAUAUAAGCAUAGUGAGAAAAUGGAGCGACAAAGUUCAUUGUGAUGGGAUUAAGAUUUUAUGGGACUUAAAUUUUAUG